AUGAAUAUAUAUAAAUAUGAUGAAUUUUGUCCAUAUGUAUUAACCACUGAAAGAAACUAUGGAAUUUUUUGUUCCUAUAUAGAAUAUCAAAAAAAUCAUAUAAGAAACUAUAAUGAACAAAUAUUUAAAGCUAUAAUUAUUGAAGCAUUAAUUGAACAAGUAAAGAAUUUAAAAAGAUUAGAAUUAAAAAAACAAACUAUCUAUAAUAAUAACAUAAAUAUUUGUAGCAAUGAGCAAAUUAUAGAAAAGACAGAAUUAAAAAAUGAUAUAAUUUUUAACGUACCUAUUAGUGAUAUAGAAUAUGUUGAUACGGAAGGAAAACAAGAGAAAAUAAAUAACUUAGAUUGUAAUAAAAUUUUUGAAUUAAAAAAAAAAAAUAGCUCUGAAAAAGUAAGAAAUAUUGAUAUAGAUGAGAAAAAAAGGAAAAACAAAAAAAAAAAAAAAAAUAGAAUAGAAAAAAAAAAUAUUGAGAUAAAUAAUAAUUUCAGGAAUUAUAUUACUAUAUUGCAAAAAAAAAAAAUUGAAAUAAUCUGUAACUAUAGUUUAAAUUAUUUUAUAAAUAAAAGAAUUCAUAAUUAUAGAAAUAUACAAAAUUUCAUUGAUACAUUAAAAUGUAAUGCAAGAGCAAAAAUUAUUUUAAAUAUUGAGAAAUGUAAAAAUGAAACUCGAGAGAUAGUUAAAAAUAAUUUUCUUUUAUUAUAUUGUUUGAUCAACUUAAUAGAGAACUAUAUUAUAAAUAUUUUAUUCCUUGAAUCAAGUGAAAUAAAACAAAAUGAAAUAGAAAAUUUAAUUCCAUUACUGAAAGCUAUUAAUAAAAUAUAUUUUUAUAUAAGUAGUGAGGAAAAAGAGAAACUUUAUUUAAAUUGUAAUUCAUUUUUUAAUAAUAGAAACAAUGAUAUUUUAAAGGAAGUUAGCAAUAUUAAAAAUAAGAAUUAUAAAAAAAAAUUAACACUUUUUCAUUACAUAUUUUUUAAAUUUGUUAUUAAUUAUAUAAAUUCAUUAAAUAAUGAAAUGAUCAGUAAUGAUUUUUAUAAAAGAAAGAUGAUGAAUGAAGCAUUAAAAAAAGAUACAGAAUUCUUAUAUAAGAUAUACUGCAAUAUUAAUACUGAUAAAAAAUCUUUUUUAUGUCAUAAAGUUAUAAUAUCAAAUAAUCAGACAUCAAUGAAUAAAAUUAUGUUGUCUAACUUUGCGUAUAAUAAUUUCUUUGUUAAUAUAUUUAUAAUAAAAAUAAAUAAUUUGAAUAAUUGUCUAAAUUUCAUUAGCCAAGAAAAUAAUGUUAUUAAUUAUUGCAUUGAAAUAAACCAUGAAAUCAUGAGAAAACAAAAUUCAAACAAUGAUUAUUAUAUUAAUUUUGAUACUAUCUUUGAUAUUAAAAAGAACAUAAAUAUGUUAGUGUGUAAUGAUAUUACUCAUUACGACUAUUUUCUGAGCAAAUAUAACAUUGAUUAUAAAAUGAAACGUAACUUAAAUUAUAAUGAUUGCAAUCUUAGUAUAAAUAUAAUAAUGUAUACUCCAUUAAGUAACAUUAACAAACAAAAAAGAGAUACUCAACUUAAUAAAUAUAAUUAUAUGGAAAAUGAUAGAAAAAAUACUUUAUGUAUACUCAUUUUAAGUAAUCGCUUCAAAAAUAAAAUUUAUGAUUUUUAUUCAAAUAGGAACAUCCAUAUAAAAACGAAGAAAGAACAUAACACAUUUCCUUCAGCUAAAAAAAAAAAUCCAUGCUCCCAAUUUAAAUCAAAUUAUAAAUGCGAUAAUCUUUCCUUUACGUUUAUCAAUGUCUUUAAAAAUAUAAAAAAAAAUAGCCUAUAUUUACGUUACUUUAAAAAAGGGAAUAAAAAAAGAGCUUCUAUUAUUUUUAUAAAUAAAAAAGAAGCGUUUUAUUCAACUGGAAUUAUUCAGAAUACAAAAAAUGUACCAUGUUUUAAUAUUAAAAAAAAAAAAUCAAAAAAAAAUAGUUUCUUAAAAAGAAAAAAUAGGCCAUAUUUCUUAAUUAACGAUAUAAAUGAUGAGAAAUUAUAUAUAAAAAAAUGUUGUAAGAAUAUUAAAUUAUAUUGUAGUAGUAAUGGAAAUAACAACUAUAACAAUUAUUCUAACAACUAUCCAAAUAAUAAUUAUAGCAAUAAUAAUAAUAACAAUAGUAAUAAUUAUAAUAAUAGCAAUUAUAGCAAUAACAAUAAUAGCAACAAUUAUAACAACAAUAAUUAUGAUAAUAAUAACAAUUUCAGUAAUAAUAAUAAUAAUAAUAUUGGAAAUAGUAAUAAUAACGGAAAUGAUGACAACAAUGAUGAUAAUAAUAACAACAAUAAUAAUAAUAAUAAUAGUAAUAAAGAUAUUUAUGAUGAAGAAGAUAAUGAAGAUGACAAGAAUAAUAACAGUAAUAGUUACAAUAGUAUUAACAAACAUACAUUGAAUGAAAAUAUAAAAAAUGAAAAUAUUGAUAAGAAUAAAAAUAUGAAUAGUAAAAAUAGUACUAUUAUGCAAGAAAUGAAAAUAGAUGAUAUGGGAAUGUACAACAAUGAUGAACAUAUAAAUAAUAUGAUGAAUAAUUAUGUUGAUAAAAUUAUAAAUAGUAAUGAAAAUGUAUAUAAUAAUGAUGGUAUUCAUAAAAAUGAUAAUAUUUUUAACAAUGAAGAGAAUAAAUUAAUAGGAAUAAAUAAAAGUAUUACAAAUAAUAUAAAUAAUAAAACUGGUACAGAUAUGAACUACAAUAUAAAUUUUAUGAAUUACUUGAAUAAUCAGAAUUCUCAAAACAAUCUAAAUAUGCUAUCAGGGAUGAACAGAAUUAACAAUAUACCUCUUAAUCAAAUAAUGAAUUUUCAAAAUGUAUUGAUAAAUAAUAUGCCAAAUCAGUAUAAUCAAAAUAUGCAUUAUGAUAAUUUGGAUAAUAUGCAGGAUAUGAAGCAGCCAUCACAAUUAAUUAAACAAAAACCAAAUCAAUACAUAUCACAACAAAAUCAAUCCGAAAAUAAAAUAAAUACACAACAUUGUUUGUCUUCAAAUUUUUUACAAAAUCAGUUACAUCAACAAUUUCAAAUUCAGCAACAAAUGCAUUUGCAGCAUUUAAUUCAUCAGCAAAAUUUACAUCAAUUAAGUAUGAUGCAGCAAAAUAAUCAACAAAAAUUUCCAAAUCAGCAAAAUAUUCCUAAUCAACAAAAUAUUUCUAAUCAACAAAAUAUCCCUAAUCAGUCUAAUGUAUCUCUCUUAAAAAUGCCACAAAUUUUAUCCUUAAAUCCAGUUGAUCAAAGAAAUGCCCAAAUUUCACAAAAAUUACAAAGGCAUUCAAUGAAUACAAUGGAUCAAUGCAAUACUCAAAGAAAAGCUAACUCAAAUAUACAAGCGUUGAAUAAUUCAUCAAAUCAUUUUAAUUCUAUACCAAUAAAAUUUCCAUAUAAAAACAAUACUCAACAAAUGAAUAAUAUAGUGCAGCAAAAUCCUCAGAAUAUGCCAAAUCAGCACAAUUUACAAAAUCAGAAUAAUUUACAACACAAUUUAACUAAUAAGCAGACUGUUCAACAGAUAAUUCCGAAUCAACAAAAUAUGCAGCAUAUCUUGCAGAAUCAGCAGAACGUUCAACAUUUAUUACCAAAUCAGACAAAUAUACAACACAUAUUGCCGAACCAACAAAGCGUUCAACAUAUAUUACCAAAUAAGCAGAAUACUCAGCAGUUAUUGCAACAAAAUCAGCAAAAUAUACAACCUAUAUUGCCAAAUCAGCAAAAUGUACAGCAAUUGUUGCAACAUCAGCAAAAUGUGCAGCAAUUGAUUCCCAAUCAGAAAAAUCUUAAUACAACAUCCAUAUCAGGACAACUUCAUAGACAAUCUAAUCAAGCACCAACACAAGUAACGUUAAAUCAGCAAAAUAUGCAGCAAUUUAUUCCCAACAGCUCUAUGCAUAUGUAUCAGCAACCGUCAUCAUUUUUACAAAGGGUAUCAUCAAUGCCUCAACAAAUGCCACAUCAACAGAUUCCAUAUGAUUGGAUUCCUAAUCCUUAUAUGCACCACCAAUAUAUGCUUCAACACUGUCAGUUAACACCACAGCAAUUAUUUAUUCAACAACAACAACAAAAGCAACAAAAUAUACCUCAAUUACAACCAAAUUUAUUACAUCAGCAACAUCUAUCACAAAAUAUUCAACAACAAGGUACAUCACAACCGCAACAACAACAAUCACAAGGAAUAUCACAAUUACAGUUACAACAACAGAAACAAACCAUAUCGCAAAUGCAGCAACAAAAUUUAUCACAAUUGCAACAAAAUAUGUCACUUCAACAACAACAAAUGCAAAAUAUAUCACAAUUGCAACAACAGAUGCAGAAUGUUUCUUCUCAACAACAAAGUAUACCAUUAAAACAGAAUAUUUCUCAACAAUUUGCUCCUAUAUUUAAAGACGCUGUAAUACAAGGAAAUAAUAAUUAUGAAAUAUUAGAAAGUAUGAAUGAAUUACAAAGAAUAAGUGUGCCAAUGAAAGGUAAUUUAGAAUUAUGUAGCACAUCCAUGGAAGGUAUAAUUGAAGAGGACAUUUUCGACAGCAAUUAUCAUUGUGAUAUUUGUAACAAAGAUAUAACUCAUACAAUUCGUAUAAGAUGUGCAGAAUGUAUUGAUUUUGAUUUGUGUGUUAAUUGUUUUAGUAGUGGAAAAGAAAUGAAAUCAGAUAAAUGUGAACAUUAUAAUUAUCAUAAUUAUAUUCCUAUACCAAAGUAUGAUUUUCCGUUAUAUAAAUUGAAUUGGAGUGCUGAAGAAGAGUUAUUAUUGUUAGAUGGAAUUAGUAAAUAUGGAUUUGGUAAUUGGGAACAAGUUGCUGAUUUGGUAAAUUCUGUUGCAAAAAUUACAAAAAGUGAUAAAGAAUGUGAAAAUCAUUACUAUAAUUUUUAUUUAAGGUCAAAUUGUGCACCUUUACCUGACAAUAAAAGACUAUUAAUUAAACCGGACGGUAACCCUUAUGAAAUUGAGCAAGUCAUUGAAAAGGAUAUUAAUGAAAACGAAGAAUAUGUUCUACCCAAAUCAAAAAAGAAUAACCGAACUCAGAUUGUUGGGUACUGGCCAUUAAGAGGAGAUUUUGAUAUUGAAUAUGAUAAUGAUGCAGAACUCUUAUUAGCUGAUAUGGAAUUUAAGGAUUCGGACUUACCUCAACAAAAAGAGUUAAAAUUGCAAGUUUUAGAAAUAUAUAAUUCAAAAUUAGAUGAAAGAAUAUACAGAAAAAGAACUGUUAUAGAAAGAGGUUUAUUGGAUACAAAAGCACAACUGCAAAAAGAAAAAAAAAGAACAAAAGAAGAAAAAGAACUAUAUGCUGCCUUAAAGCCAUUGUCUAGAUUUCAUUCUCCUCAGCACCACGAAUAUUUCAUACAACUAUUACUAGAAGAACAAAAACUUCGUCAGAGAUUAACAAAAUUACAAGAAUGGAAAGCGUUGGGGCUUCAAAACAUAGAACAAGUUCAAGAGUAUGAAAUAGAAAAAAAUAGAAGAGCUAAAGAAAAAAUAAAACAGGAUAAUUGUGAAAAGAUAACAAAAAAUUUAAAAAUUUCGAAAAAAGAAAAGGAAUACAAAUUAAAGCAUAAGGAUGAUGAAGCAGAAGAUAAUAAAAAAUUAAAUAUAGAAACCUUUUUAGCACUAGAUUUAUUAAAUGAAAAAGAAGUAGAGUUUUGCAAAAAUAUGAAGCUCCCUAUUUUAUUCUUUUUAUUAAUCAAAAGAUUAUUAAUAAUGGAAAUAAGUAAUAGUAAUUUAAAUAUGUUAAAAGAUAUAAAUGAGUUGAAAUUAAAAGGAUACAAAGUAGGCCAGUUAUAUGAUUUCUUUUUAAGUUUUGAUAUAAAUCAAAAGGAAGAUUCUAUGACUAAUGUAAAUAUCAAGAACUUAAACUCAAAAAAAAAUGAAGAAAAGAAAAAAAAAAUGAAAAAUUUUGAAUAUAGCAAUUUAAAAGAUUUAAAUAAAAUAGAAAAAUUAGAAUUAACUGAUCAAAAUAAUAACUACUUUUUAAUGGACAAUUUAAGCAAUGAUAAUGAAAAAGAUAAAAAAUCUAAAAUAAAAAAUAUUCCUACUUCUAAUGAUAACCCUAAAUUCGAUGAUAAUGUGUUAAAUGUUUUUAAAAAUAAUACAGAUAAUGUUCAUGAUCAAACUAAGGAAAUUAAGCCUUUUGCAAAAGAAAAAAUAGACUUGGAUCAUUUGAAUAAUAAUGAGAUAAGUAAUAAUAAUGUUAUACUAUCUAAUCAAAAACAUAUAUAUAAUGAGAACGAGGAAAACCGUGAAGAAUUACAUGUUGAAGAAAAAGAACAAAACGGAGAUAAUUUAAACGGAAUGAAAGAUAAAAAAUAUAAAGAAAAAAAAUUAAAAAAAAAGAAAGAAGAAAAGAUAAAUUCUUCAGUAGGAAAAGAUGUUGAUAAUAAUAAUAUAAUAGAAGAAUAUGAAGAAAACCAUGAAUAUUUAUUAAAUCAAAAAAAAAAAUGUUCUUUCAAGAAAAAGGAAAAUAAUAAUGAAGAAAAGGAAAAAGAAAAAGAAGAAAAAAAAGAAGAAACAAAUAUUGAAAAUUAUAAAAAUGAUGAAAAUAACAUACAAGAGAAUGAAUAUAAAAAAGAGCAAAUUAAACAAGAGGAUUUAGAAAAAAAUGAGCAAGAGCAUGAUGGUGAUAUUGGUGAAGAUGCAUAUGUUGAUGAAGAAGAGGAAGAAGAAGAAGAGGAGGAAGAAGAAAAAGAAGAGGAAGUAGUUGAAGGGGAAGAAAAAGAGGAAAAUGGAAAAAAAAAAAAAAAAGAAAAAAAAAAAAACCAAGAUUUAGAAGAAAAAGAAUGUAAUAAUAUAAAAGGAAUUCAUAAUGGCAAUAGCUGUAGUAAUCAGAACUUAAAAAGUAUAACUCAAUUAAAGAAAAAAUCGUAUGAAAAAAAUAAAGAAAUUUUAAAUUUAAAAAAUUUUCAGAAUAAAAAAAAAGCAAGUGAUAGUUUGGAGGAUGAACUAGAAGAAAAAGAAGAAACUUCUAGUGUUGUAAAUAAUGCAGAUAAUACUUAUGCAAAAACAAAAAAAUCUUUCGAAAAAAAUGAUGUUAAUAGUGAAAAUUGUGAAUAUGAUUUAAAAAAAAAAAAAAAUAAGAUAAAAAAAAAUAAUGAAUAUGAUAUAAGUAGAAAUGAAUCAAAAAAUAGUAAUUUAGAAUUAGAUAAUAAUAGUCUUGUAGAAGAAUAUGAUUCAAGCAUAGAAAUGAACGAGAAAUUACAAAAAAAUAAAAAACUAAUUGUUACAUCAUCUCCCUUUAAUUUAAAUAAAAACGAAAAAAAUAAACGAUAUAGAUUGAAAAACGAAAAAUUAAAUACUGAUGUGGCAUCAAGCAUAGACACAAAAGAAAAUGAAAAAAAAAUAAAAAAUUUUGAUGCAAAUUUAAAAAAAAAAUCAAAAAAAAGAAAAGGUUCUAUGAGUUUAAUUUUGAAUUCUAAAAAGUCAUUAAAAUUAUAA